AUGCUUCCGCCCUUUUCAUCGUCCUCCCCGCGCGCGCUGAAUGGGGAGCUCCUGCGCUGCGCCAACAGCUGCGGGGUGUCCCUACUCGCCGCGCGACCCACUUCGCGCAUGCCUGCGCGUGCCGGCCCGGUUUCCGCUGCAGGUCUGGUGUCCAGCCGCGUGCGCGCAACGGUUGGAGAGGGCAGUGAAAGGGGGGGGCGUUCGGAAGGGCGGAAACUGACGAGCGCGGAUGGGCGCAGGGCGGAAGGCUUCGACGCGGAGGAGCGCCGCAGGGAGGAGGGCAGGUGGGGGUCCAGAACAAAGCCGCAGCGGCAGGGGGAAUGGCGGAGAACGGAGGAGGGGGGAAAGGCGGGAAGUAAGGGCUCGCGACAGCGCUUUGUUGGGUACGCUGAUGACGUGGCAGCCGAGGAUAGGCUGCGGCAGGAGGCAGGCGGCGCCGUUGAUUGGCUGACGCGACCUUCCAAUGGCGAUGCGGGAGGGCAUUCGGCGCGCAGCGGGGAGUGGGAAACGGGGAAGGGACGAGGGGACGGGCCGGCGGAUUGGGAGAGCGGAUGGGAUGGGGACGGCGAGGAGCAGGGCGCUCGGGGGGAACGCGGAGGCUGGGGAGAGGAGAGCGGCGGAGCAGGAAUGGGGAGGGCGCGGGGCGUGCAGGGGUGGAUGGGGGACGGUAACGUGGAGCGUGUGAGACGUGUCGGGGCAGACGGACGCCCAAGGGUUGAAGGGUGGGAGGCAGGGUGGAGAACGGUGGAGUACGGUGAAAGGUGGCGUGGGGGCGAUGAAGAUGGGCGGGGGAGCACGGAUGGGAGAAUGGGUACUGGGAUGGUUAGUGGGGACAUGAGCACGAGAUCACAACAGCAGCAGCAGCACCGGCAGCAGCAGCAGCUGCGGGCAUCAAAGCAGCUGCCACAACCAUCCCCUCCACAGCAGCAGCUGCAGCUGCAACCCCUCUCCUCCCCCUCCUCCCCUCUCGCAACCAUCCCCUCACCCUCUCCCCUUGCCCCUGUCCCUCACCGCGAGCCUUCCCCCUCCCCCGCCUCCUCCCAGCGUCCCCUCCCCUCAGUGCUCCCCCUGCCCCCCUCGGCGCUGGACUCCCUCCUCCCCUUCGCUGGCUCCGGUUCCCAGGUGGUAGCCUUCAUGGGCUCGCCCCUAGACUGGCUGCAGCGCUUUGUGCUCUCCAUGGGCGGGGCCGUGCUUUUUUACAACGUGAACGUCUUCGCCACCAUCGCUGCCGCCAUGUACUUCCUCUGGUGGCCUCUCUGGCGUGCUGCUGCCUGCAACUCCUCCCUCCGGAUUCGAUACAAAUAUGCAGGCGUGUGGCAGGCGCGCCUGCUGGACGUGCAGGUGGAGCAGCGGGGACCGCUGGCCAGGUGGCGGCUGCUGAUUGGCGAUGACAGUGGCACGUGCAUAGAGAUGCUAGUGCCCAUCCCCUCACCGCCUCCACCCCUGCGCCCCAGCGACCGCGUGGUGCUGCUGGUGCUCUCAGACAGCCCCUCGCUGCGGCGCUUCCGUGCCGUGAGGGAGGUGUGGGUGCCGCGCCUCAAGUGCUGGCUGGCGGAGGAGGGGGAAGAACGUGUGGAGCGGCGUGUGCUGGAGGGCCUCUGA